AUGGAGAAGAAAAUGAUGGGUUUUGCUGUAAUGGCCUUCGGGUUGAUGUUUUUGGUCCUAAAUGCAAGUGGGAGACCUUCGGAUGGCAUGUCAUGCAAGGAUGCUGUAACGGCUUUGUUGCCGUGCCAGUCAUUUUUGGUGGGUUCUAGCCCACCGCCACCCACUGCUGCCUGCUGCGCAGGUGCACAGAAUGUUCUACAACAAUUAAAAGCUGCCACCGGUGAAGUACGCAAGGCUUUGUGUGAGUGUAUCCUAAAUGUUGGAAAAGAGAAGGGUGUUAUACCCGAGAGAGCUAAACAAGUUCCUGAGCUCUGCAAGAUCAACGUUCACCCCAAUGUGGACUGCAACAAGUAA